GACCGAGCCAAGGGAGAAAUAACAGAGAGAGGGAGAGAGAGAGACACUAUGAUUGGAUGCCAGUGAUAGAGGGAAAAGACUAAAAGCAGCUUGUGAAUUUCCUUAGUUGUCAUGGGCCCUUGGGGGUUGAUCAAGUGGCACCGCUGACUCACCGAGGACAGGAGAGGAGACGCACGAAGAAACAACGGCAACAAAACAAACACCACUGACAAGAAGUAACUAAGGACAACAAGGCUUUUAUAAGUAACAGCGUGAGAGAGACAGAGAGUGAGGGGCAACCCGGGUGAGUUCUUGGUCCAGAGGGAGACGCUCAGCAGAGAGAACGACCGACCAGAUCACCAGAUCCAUCAUCCAUCAUCAGUCCUGCCAGUGAAGAAGAGGCAGAGAAAUGAAGAGACCUCACGACUACAGCUCCCCGGACUCGGACACAGACGAGUUCAUUGACGUGGGACAAGAAGACAGUUACUGUCCAGUCACCGGGUCCAUGUCUCCAGGCAGCGCCUCACAGAUUCUGGCCCGUAAGAAGAGAAGAGGGAUCAUAGAGAAAAGGCGCAGAGAUCGCAUCAAUCACAGUUUGUCGGAGCUCCGGAGGCUGGUGCCCAGUGCCUUUGAGAAACAGGGUUCAUCUAAGCUGGAGAAAGCAGAGAUCCUGCAGAUGACAGUGGACCACCUCAAACUGCUGCACGCUAUGGGAGGAAAAGGGUACUUUGAUGCGAGAGCUCUGGCGGUGGACUACAGGACCCUGGGCUUCAGGGAGUGUGUUGGAGAGGUGGUGCGGUACCUCAGCUCGCUGGAGGGGGAGUCCCCGGACCCUAUCGGAGCUCGCCUGGUCUCCCAUCUCUCCCACUGCGCCAGUGAGCUGGACCCCCUCCUCCUGCAGUCACCCCCGGCCUCCACCCUGCCCUUCCCUCCUUGGCCCUGGGCGUCCUUCCCUCAGAUCUCCCCCACCUCGCCAGCGUCCUCCUCACCUCCUUUCCCCGGCGGCCGAAGGGAUCUGGCCCUUCUGGGCAGCUACCCAUCACCCGCCUCCCUCCGCCUCGCCCCCCUGGCUGGGUGCCAGCAGGGUGCACCGCCGCUCCUUGCGCCCACAGCUCUGGCCACCGUCCACAGGGUGCCCUCCCUCACAGCGUCCCCCAGCUUAACACCCUCCAGACCGACCCAGCCGUCCCCUCACAGCACCACCCGGGCCUCACCUCUACCUCUCCCCACCCCUUCCUCCUCCUCCCCCUCCACCUCCUCCUCUUCUGCCACUUCAUCAUCUGCUGCCCCUCCACAAGUCUCUUUCAGGCCCUUCGCACCUCUGGGGUCUCCCACAGUGCAGCGCAGGGGCUUGAGCGGAUCAGCCAAGGCGGCCCAGGGAUGGGGGACUGAGAUCGGAGCUUUCUGAGAAUCAACUCUGUUUCCCAAAUGAACUCUGUGCAGUGGACAUGGACCUCUCGUGCACCAUGUAGCAAACAUGAUACCUUUGGAGCAAGAAGUGUUGAACCUUUGAUGAUGAUUGUUUCUGCUUUUGAGGGAUUCUAAAAGCCAUAUCAGACUGUGGGUGAAGUUUCUGAAUAUAGCAAUCAGUACAUAAUGGAGUAAUGAAAGAAUGUGAAGGUUUGAAUAAACAAAUAGAAGAGUGUCCAACAGAGCCAUAUAUAAAGUCUAACGCUCAACAGAGGGAGGUUGAGUCGUUACUGAUCUUUGGACUGUGAUCUUUCUUUUUUUUCUCCAAAACAUUUAUACAUUUGAUUAAUUUUUCUUUUCUCAAGAACUUUUGCCUAUAAAGACUAAGUGCCUUUACCAUUGC